GGGGCCGCCGCCGGCCGGCCGCGGUCACGUGACGCGAGCCGCGCCGCUCCGCGCCGGGCGCUGCGGACGGCGCUGAGGUGCCGUGGCCGCCGCGCCGCGCCGCGCCGCCUCCCCGUCCUCCUCCCGCCCUCCCUCCUUGCCUGCGGGGCACGGGAGCCGGUGACGGGAGCGAGGCGGAGUCUAGAGGGAAGAUACCGAGAGAUAGCGAUUUAAAUCACAUCCCCGGCUCCGGGAGGGCAGCAGCAGCAGCAGCAGCCCCGGCGCAGAGGUAACGGACGCGCGCACCGAGAUACGUCUGCCGGCUCCGCCGCCGCCGCCGCUGCUGCUGCUGCUCACGAUGGGCGCCGCCGCCGAGCCGCUCCGGGCCGCGGGCCUCGUGUCCAGCGUGGUGAAUGACACCCUCGAGUUUUACCGCUGGACCUGGAGCAUCCGAGACAAACGUGUUGAUGACUGGCCCUUGAUGCAGUCUCCGUUUCCAACAUUGACUAUAAGCACUAUUUAUCUUCUCACUGUCUGGCUGGGCCCCAAAUGGAUGAAGACAAGAGAGCCCUUCCAGUUACGUUUCCUGUUGGUUGUUUACAACUUUGGAAUGGUUCUACUCAAUUUCUUCAUUUUCAAAGAGCUGUUUUUAUCAUCAAGAGCUCGAGGGUACAGCUAUGUCUGCCAGUCUGUGGAUUAUUCAGAUAAUGUUUAUGAAGUUAGGAUAGCUGCUGCUUUAUGGUGGUAUUAUGUCUCCAAAGGAAUUGAAUACUUGGAUACAGUAUUUUUCAUCCUGAGGAAGAAAUUUAACCAAAUUAGUUUUCUUCAUGUCUAUCACCAUUUCACCAUGUUCACCCUGUGGUGGAUUGGUAUUAAGUGGGUUGCAGGUGGACAAGCUUUUUUUGGAGCUCAGAUGAAUGCAUUUAUUCACGUCAUUAUGUACAUGUAUUAUGGAUUAGCUGCCUGUGGCCCUAAAUUUCAGAAAUAUCUGUGGUGGAAACGAUACUUGACCAUAUUACAACUGGUGCAGUUCCAUGUGACCAUUGGCCACACAGCCUUGUCUAUUUAUAUUGAUUGUCCUUUCCCUAAAUGGAUGCACUGGGGUGUAAUUUUCUAUGCUGUCACCUUCAUUUUCCUGUUUGGUAACUUCUACUAUCGGACAUACAAGCUGCCCAAGGAACCUGUAAAGAAUGGCAAAAUAGCAAAUGGUGCUGUUGCAAAUGGAGUAAGCAAACCAGAAAAUAUUCCAGUGGUGGAAAAUGGAAAAAAGCAGAAAAAGGGAAAAGCAAAAGGAGAGUAACUUGAUUCAGGCCUUAACCAUUGCUGGCAGUGAGGAACCUCCAGUUUCGUUUAUAAAAGGAAAAAAACCUGAUAUCUAUCUGUACCAAUUAACCUUAGGUCACUGAAGAGCUAGAACACAGAUAUUUUCAUUAUUUAUGAAGAUUGUUUUAACAACACUUAAAGUUGAAUUUCUAUUGUAAUGAUGUAAUUAUCAUGCAUAUGGUCUCUGUGUAAAUUUGUAGACUGCUGGUGUUGGUGAAUGUAAGGAAGAAUUGCAGUAAAUUCCAUGUUUAGCAGUCCAAAAGUUCAUACUACCAUUGAUACAACCAGUUUUGUGGACACUCAUGUUUCUUGGGGGGAGGGAAUGGAAGGAAGUAGUGUUUGAAUACCUGUGUUUUUUUCCAAAAAAUUUAUUAAAUUUUAAAUGAUGACGUAUUAUCUAAUCAGAAUGCACAACUUUUCUUGUUCUCCUUGGGGAGUAUCUUCACACACAAUUACGUUUAUGUGCUGUCAGAGCAGUGUUUGACUUUUCAGACAUUACUUGAUUUAAUUUAAUGUCUGUUACAGUUUUUGUUGUUAUGUGGAAAUAUACCUACCUCUUCAUCUGCUGAAAAGAAUAUUGAGCAUUAAAUAACUGAUUUCUGAAAUAUGGAGUCUUCUAAUAUAAAUGUCUGUUAACACUAAUUCAGGAGAAAAUUUGAUUUGCUUUGUGAGUACAGGGGACUUUUCUUGUUUUUGUUCAGGUGUGUUUUGGUAAAAUCAUCAAUGUUCUUUUUCAAUAUAAACUUAAAUUUUGGAGUACUAUUUUUAAUAUGGCUAAGUGAAGAAGACAUUUUAAGAAUGUGUGAAUAUGAAACAACGUCUGAAGCAAGCAAUUAAAGUAGGCCCAUUACAUGUUGUUCAUGACCUGCGUUAAAACUGUGGUGCUGACUGAUAGUGAAAAUGGUAAGAUAAUAUUGUGUUGGAGAGAGAACGAUAAUAUGUAAUUCCAUUUAGAAAUGCUGUGUGCAUGGGAUAGUCAUGCUAACUACAGGACAGACACUUUUUAUUGGGGGAGAGAAUUCAGGUAUAAAGUACUAAAUACAGCAGAUAUAAAAUGCUGAAAAUACUGCUGCUACUUGAUAUACCCAUCAAUACUCUAUGCAUUAGACAAUUACAGGCAAAAAUAUUGCUAGUAGUCAGGCUACCACUUUAAUGUGAAUGCCACAGAGAGACUUCUGAAACUCUAUUCCCAAAGUAUUAACCUAAUUGACGAAGUGAUUCUGCUGAUCCUUUUUUAAUCAUAACUGCUACAAUAAGCAGAAGCCUCUUUUACACUGCUUUUCAUCUCACUUGAUACGUUAAUGGACUUACUACCCUUUUUGUGAAGAAAAUAUGAAUGUUAUUUCCCUUCCAUAUAAUGUGAUUACUAUGAGAGAGAGAGAAGCUUUGAAUUGCCCAGUAUGCCAUGAGUAUGAGACAGUUGGAAUUAGAAACCAUAUCUUGAACUCUCAGGUUCCUUUUUCAACACUGCAAGAGCUGAUCUGUUGCUGUCUAAAUGCAUUCUUAACGGCUUUGGUCAAAAACAUAUUCAUUGUUAGUGUCAGAUUUGCAUCAGGCAAGUGACACAUUACAGGAGAAAGAAAUGGAGCUGUAGGUGUAAAGUGUCUGGCACAAUUACUAGUUUUUGCACCUCAGUUACCCAUUUGCCUGUUAUUUAUAACAUGCAAACAAGUCACAAUCUUUGUCCUAGGUUUGUCUCUUGUCAUGAUACUGAAAACUCUAUCUAAACUCAAAAUAUAGGUCUUAGGUGGAAAAGCUUUGGAUAUAGUUUGUACUCAGAAAUAAUCACUAAUGCUGGAUUGAUUAGCCUGGAAGGUAGGUCAUCAGUAAUAAACCCUAGUGUAGAUUUUAUGGCAGAAUACAGGAUUGUGAGGGACUGUCUUUGCUGAAUGGUAAUGCAUGUGACCAUUAACUUUCCUGUUUGUCUUGUGAUUCUUCUAGUCUUGGUUCUGAUGCUUUUUGCAUUUGUAUAACUAUGUAUUUAUGUAAAGUGGCAUGGGGAAGAUGGAAAGUGGUCUACUUCCUUCUUGGACAAAUGCCAUUAUCUUUAAGCCAAUAUGUUAGCUGGCUGGACAACUCCAGAAUGGAGCAAAUUACUACAAAGCAAGCUGAACAGCAGAUUUACAGCACACCUGCUACUCUGAGGUAAUAGCUGGUGUGAAUACUCUUACCCUACUGUAAAUUCAAGGUAGCUUACCCCAUGUUGAUUAAAGGGUAGCUUCUUUCUAUUUGCCAUGGGAUGUGGGCAGCUAACUCACUGUAAAUCUGCACCCUUCAUUGUUUUGUGUUAAAUUGAUUGUGUGCUCUGUCUUUCUUGAAGCUAGAUCAGAUAAACUGGUAGUCUUAACAUGAUCUAGCUCUGCAAGAACACCCUGAGGAAUAUUUCAGUUCAGGUUCAGUUAUCUUUGCUACACUUUGUAAAAUAAGAUUUGUAUCUUGCAUGCGGACAAAUAUUUAAAACAAUUGAAAGUCAAAUCUCCCCUCAGCAUGCAUGGAAACUGCUUAAAGUUGAUAACAACUUGAACCUCAUUGAUAGAACUGGGGUAGAAAGAAUCCUACCCUCAAACUCUGGGUCAUUUGGUACCUUUUAGUAAAAAUAAUAAUAAAAUGACGCUUUGUAAGAAUGCAUGUAUGGAUACUAGUUAUGUUGACUGGACCUGUGGAUAAAAUCAAUUCAAGAUAUUAGCACGCAUUUUCAUGGAGAAAACAAUCACUUAUUAAAUUCCUGGAAUGCUGCUUUUUGAGACCAUCUUCUGUUAUAUGGCUUUCCUGGAUCUGUUUCUGAUUUAUUUGAUUGCUCAUGUGACUUGAGUCCUGUUUUGAGCUUGAGUAUGAUGGCCUUAUUAAAUGUGCAUUUUUGCAGGUGUGGUCAUGAGCGGAAUACUUCUGCUUCAGACUUUGUGCAGCCAGACUCUCAAUAUACAGGGUUGAAAAUGUACAGCUGCUUCUUUUCCAAAAUUUGAGGCAGUGAUACACAUGUGAGAUACUGCCAGAUUCAUUAAAGUCAUCACCAAGGUACCUCAGAAUUUGGCUACAAAAGUAAUGGAGUGUAUGUUUAGAUGUGCUUGCUAUACACAGAAUUGAAAUUUAAAUUAUAGAAGCUACUUUGCAUGGUAAAUAUUUCCUGCUACAUGCUUCCAGUUUAUUUAGAAGUGAAAUUCAGGCCCUUUGGAAUUUUUUAUUUUUGUCAUUGAAAGAUACUUAUUUGUGAAUAAUUUUGAAACUCUUUGGUCAAAGAGUCAUAUAACUAUCUGAUGCCAUAUAAGUGACACCAUCUCAUUUAUCCUCAUCUCUAGCAUUGUAUGUUAGUUGUUGCUGAGUUCUUUUAGCGAUUUGCUCAGUGUAAAAGUUAUCCAUCUAUAUAUAUAUACACACAUAUAUAUGGGUUCUUAACGGGUUCUUCCAGUGUGUGAAGUAAAUGAUAUUUCUUAAAUAUGAAGUUGGCAGGAGCUAAUACCAUAGUUCCUACAGCUUGAGCAGUAAAAUGAAGUUUUCACUGAUCCGUAGACCCAAUAUCAGUCUUGCAGACAUACACAGUAUUUGUCAGUCAUUUUAGACAUAGGGUGAUGGAAGCUUUUUCCGUCAGAGCCAUCUCUCCUAGUGUAAUAAAUAUUUUGAGGCUUCUGUUGUAGAUUUGCAGGAGAGAGGAAAGGGGAAGUCUCACUCAGAGGAGUGGAGGAAUGAUGCUAUCUUAUAGUAGGGGUCAUUUCUAGAAACAAUAGGAGUAAUUUGCUCCAGGUAAGUCUUCAAGGUCAUUGCAAUCAAGUUCUCUGUUUAAGAGAAUGCUUCUUUAUUAAAGAAAACAAAAACAGAAAAAAAAAAUGUUUCUGUGUAGGUUCAAAAGCAUGGCCUAUUUGAUUAUAUGACCAUUGCUUGUAUUGGCCGUGAAGGCAGACAUAACCUUUGCAUUCUGGUUAGUCUGGUCCAUUAACUACUUCCAUCUCAAGAUCAGGAGGAAAAGAUGAAGGUAAAAAAAAUGCUGUGCAUUUUUUCAAGUUAAGCUCAGACUGCAUUUGUUCAGUGUAAGCAUUUGUCCUCCAGGUGCAGAGGAGGCAGGUAGGAAAGGAGUAGAUGACUACUGUGCUGAAAGGUCUCAUUCCUAAAACAGCAUCUGAGCACACUUGUUAUCUUUUAAAGUUUUGAAUAAAAUAAGAUUGCUCCUGGAGCAUAAACAUAAACCUGGCAUUAAGUUAGUGUGGUUUCGGGGUCAUAAUGCUUAAAUAAAUAUUUAAAAUUUUAUCUGUUUCAGUUAGAACUGAAGAGAGUGGGGAACUUAUUAGGUAUCUGGACAGUGUAUCCAUCUUAGUGGGAAGCACAUACUAUGAUAAUUUGUCAUUGAGAGAAGAGCAAGAUGCCUUUGCAACAUCUAAUUGUGUUGCAGUCUGAGUUGGCCUCUUUAACUUACACAGAGCUCCAUGGAAAUCAGUGGGUUCAUUCCCAUUUACAUCAGCAGUGUGUGUUUAAUCAAGAAGAAUAGAAAAAUGCUUGCUUUCUGCCAAUAUCCCAUGAUGAUAGGGGAAAUGUAUGGUUCAGGAUGCUGCUUUUGCAUAAGGUGUUCAUGCAUUUGUGAACAAUAAAAUAAAUACUACUUUUUUCA